GAGCAAGACUCCCUGUAAAAAAGAGAUAUUUGUUGCUCCUGAACCAUAACAAAUAGACAUUUGAAUAGGCUAAUAAUUAUUUCCUAAAAAUAUUUAUUAAUUUGUCAAGUCACCUUUAUUUAUAUAGCGCUUUAUGCAAAACAGAUUGUGUCAAACCAACUGAACAACAAUUAGGAAAACAGUGUAUCAAUAAUGCAAAAUGACAGUUAAAGUGAGUUUGUCACUGAAUUCAGAUGUACAUGGAGAGUUUUUAGGUCCUAUAAUUAACACCAUAGUUUUUUUUUAAGAAUUUAGCAGUAAGAAAUUACUCGUCAUCCAGAUUUUAAUAUUGACUAUGCAUUCUGUUAGUUUUUCAAAUUGGUAUGUUUCAUCAGGCCGCAAAGAAAUAUAUAGCUGAGUAUCAUCAGCAUAACAGUGAAAGCUAACUCAGUGUUUCCUGAUGAUAUCUCCCAAGGGUAACAUAUAAAGAGUGAAGAGUAGCGGUCCUAGUACAAAGCCUUGAGGUACUCCAUACUGGACUUGAGAUCGAUAUACCUCUUCAUGGCAGUCAUAUAAGUAUGAUUUAAACCAUGCUAAUGCACUUCCAUUAAUGCCAACAAAGUUUUCUAGUCCAUGCAAAAGAAUGUUGUGGUCAAUAUUGUUGAACACAGAGCUAGGAUCCAAUUUGUCUUGAAAAUAAGCCUAUAUUAGUCUAUUUUGAUCACAUCAUUAUGGUAUAGCCUAACUGCUCCAUCUGAAGAUCAUUAAAAUUUUUGUGUACCCUAUCAACUGGUUUGAUUUGUGAUUUUAAAAUGUAUGACUGAGUCAAGAUUUUAAUGAACACUUACACAAAGCGCAGUCUUUUUUUGUUGUAGGCCUAUGUUGAGGGAAAAUCCCUUAUCCUGAGAAACUGAAAGUAAAAGCAAUAAUGCCGGUGUCAGUCCACUGUUUUAUCAGUUCAGUAUAUGAAACUGGGCGCUUAACGCUGUUUGACAACUAUCACCUUGACGAGUUUAAUUCGUUGCUUGUCGGUACCGUCGCUGCUUCUUUAGCUUGUUUGUUUUGAGAGGUAACACUGCCUGACAUUAAUGGAGAGAGUAAUGUUAAAGAGCGCAAACUCCUCUUCAUCCGGGUCAUCCGUUUGUCUAAACCACACUACUUAUUAGUGUGUGGAGCUUUUGUCUUUCUGACCUUGGCUGUGCUAUGUGAGAUGUUCAUCCUACAGUACACUGGAAAGGUGAUUGAUAUCUUGGGUUCCCAUUUUCAGUGGGAUAACUUCAGAUCAGCUAUCAUUCUCAUGGGAUUAUUCUCAUUGGGAAGGUUGGUAUGGCAAAAUAUGUGUUUUGUAGUUUAUGAUAUCACAUCUAGGCUGUCCACAGACACUACUUUGAUGGGCCGGGCUGUAGCACUGAAUGUCAAUGUCAUGAUUAAGACACUGGGCAUGUUGUAUCUGAAGCUGAGCAUAUCGUGGAAGCUUACACUACUGAUGCUGAUGGAGACGCCACUUACAGGCUUACUGCAGAACAUAUAUGACACACAUUAUCAGUGUUUUAUUAAAUGCCAAAGUCAUAAAAUCCUGUUUUCUUUUUCAGAUGUGGGAGAGCAUGUAAAUCUGCUCUCGGGAGGUGAGAAGCAGCACAUCGCUAUUGCCAGAGCUCUGAUCAGACAACCUCAGGUGCUCAUACUGGAUGAAGUGACCAGCUGUUUAGACACUGAAAGUGAACAAAUGGUUCAACAGGCCCUUGCCUGCUGCCCCACACAGACCUUGCUUGUGAUUGCUCAUAGGCUGAAGACUAUUGAGAGGGUGGAUCAGAUUGUGGUGAUUGACAGUGGUAAGGUGGUGGAGCUGGGUACACAUCAGGAUCUGAUGGACAAGAAAGGAAGUUACUAUAAACUGAGAUAAAGGCUCUUUAGUGAUGAUAACACAGCCAAUCAAUAACGAGAGCAAUGUGACACUGUAAAAGACCAAUAG